UCUUAGUUUUACAGAUUGUCGUUUCAUAGUUGACAUUGAUAAGAUGGUAUUUAUUCAGACAAUUUACACAAAACUCUACCAGUAAGGUUUUCGUUUUAGUUACUUUUUGUGUCAAAGAUUUAGUUGCGUUCGAAUUUUGUAUCAUAGAGAUCGUGGUUUGAGCCUCAAGAAAUACGUGAAAAAUGUAUAAAUGUAACCCAAUAGACUACAGUACUAUUGCAACCCGAUGUAUGGUGGUUACACCUCAUCAUCUCGCAACAGAAAGCGCACUUGCAAUAUUAAGAGAAGGUGGAACUGCUAUAGAAGCUAUGGUGGCUGCGGCUGCUACAAUAGCCGUUGUUUAUCCCCACAUGAAUAGUAUUGGAGGAGAUUCUUUUUGGCUUAUUGUUCCACCUUCCGGAGAACCUAUAGUCAUUGAAGCCAGUGGAGCAGCAGGCAGUUCGGCUACAGAAGAAUUUUAUAAAAACUAUAAAAGUAUUCCGCAAAGAGGUCCAAAAUCAGCUUUAACAGUAGCAGGAACGGUGGGUGGUUGGCAAGAAGCAUUGAAUUACAUAUCUGAAAUAGGAUACCAAACAAUUUCUACACCGAGGUUGCUUGCCGAUGCUAUUCAUUAUGCCGAAAAUGGUUUCCCAGUUUCGUCUUCCCAUGCAAUAGCAUUGUCUGAAUUUAUCGAAGUAAAUAAUGCGUCUGAAGAAUUUAAAAAUAUUUAUCUACCAAAUGGAAAGGUACCAAAUGUGGGAGAAAUGUUUUAUCAAAAAAAUCUUGCAACUACAUUGAGACAUUUGGCCGAAAAUGGUUUAAAUAGUUUCUAUCAAGGAAAUUUAGCAAAUAUUAUAUCAGAAGAAAUGAAAGCCGUAGGAAUGCCUAUUACAAAAGAAGAUCUUAGAAAUUAUACUCCUAUUAGAAAAAAAUCUUUGCAAUUACCUCUCAAAUAUGGAGUUUUGUUCAAUACACCUCCACCAACGGUAGGCGUGGUAUCUUUGAGUAUACUAGGACUUCUAGAGAAAUUAAAUAUUAAUGGUCAACAUGAAGGAAAAUUUAUUCAUGCAGCAAUUGAAAGUACUAAACAAGCAUUUAUAAUAAGAGAUAAAUUCAUUACUGAUCCUCUUCACAUGAAAACGAAUCCUGAGUCUUUAUUAACUCCUGAAGCUAUAUCUAGAAUGGCGAAUAAUAUUAACCUCGAGAGAGCUUCGAAUAUAAAUAACGGAAAAGGUCCAGGGGACACAGUUUGGAUGGCUGCUAUGGAUGAUGAAGGUUUCUCUGUGUCGUUUAUUCAAAGUGUUUAUCAUGAUUUUGGUAGUGGUGUCAUUUUACCUAAAACUGGAAUUUUGUGGCAUAAUAGAGGCGUUUCAUUUAAUUUGGAUAAAGAUAGCUUAUUAUACUUAAGUCCUGGUAAAAAACCGAUCCAUACAUUAAAUCCAGCUGCCGCUAGAUUGAAUGACGGAAGAUUAAUAGUUUAUGGAACACGCGGGGGUGAUGGACAACCUCAAACUCAGGCGGCUUUGUUUCAUAGAUAUGUUGUUCAAGGCUUGAACUUACAAAAAGCUGUAUCGACUCCAAGAUGGGUUUAUGGAGACACCCUUCAAAAACAUGUAACUACAGUGAAAAUAGAGGACAGGUUUGACGAAGAUACUAUAAAAUAUUUAAAAAACAAGGGGCAUGUUAUUGAAUUAUUGCCUCCUUUUAGUGAAAAGUUUGGGCAUGCAGGAGCAAUUGUAAGACAUCCUGAUGGAAGGCUGGAAGGAGCUUAUGAUCCACGUAGCAACGGCAAUGCUGCUGGAUUCUGAAUUACUUUUAAAUAUUAAGAUUAUACUUGUAAAGCUAAAUAAAUGUAAUUAAAAAUAUAAAAUAGGAAUACGAAUUUAUAUAUAUAUAUAUAUAUAUA